AGCAAUUGGGCUCGUUGCAUACUGGCAUCACGUACCCUUCGCAAAAACUACAACCGAGCCGUGACGCUGAUUGCUUAGCUACCUUAUUAUUGAACCUCAAAUCGCUGGUGAUAAUCCCGGCCUUGUGGAUAAUCACCACCUCUAACCUAGAGAGGAGCAACACCAGCACCCAGUACUCCCAUCAGACUUCCCAGUCUAUCCCACCAUGGCCACUCGAGCAAUGUCAGACCUAUCCCUCAACCCCCCCUCCACAGCCCCCAAAGGCAAAUCCAAGGGCAAGAAAGCAGCACCAGUAGCCGACUCCUGGGAAGACGAAGACGUGCCCUCAGACACGGAACCCCAAUUUCCCGCCCCCGCCCAGUCCCAGUCCCCCGUCUCCCCCUCCGUCGAGGGCUCGGGCUUCACCGCGCCCCCUCCGACACCCAGCUCGCCAUCGUACAGCGCCGGCACGCCGCCGUGGCAGUCUAUUCCCGGCGGGGGCGGGGGCGGCAGCAGCGAGAGCUCCGGGGCGGAAGGCAAGAGGCCCGAGAAGACGGACGCGGUGGCCCGGCGCAUGAUUGCCAGCGCGCUGGGCGUGCGGGCGCCGCGGCCGACGGAGGAGCAGCGCGCGUACGAUCGUGCGGUUAGGGAGAAGGAGCGCAAGAGGAAGGAGGAGGAACGCGAGGCGGAGAAGAGGAGGCUGGAGGAGGCGGAGAGGGCGAAGGUGGCGAUUUGGGAGGAUUGAGGCUAGUUAGUUGUAAGGAUUUGGUAGUUAUAGGGUAGGUAGGAGAGAAUAUAUGGAUGGAUGGAUGGAUGGAUGGAUUGGGUUGGUUUCGGUUCUGUUCGGUUAGGAUAGGUAAUCCUGACUGGAUGUGGUUUCCGAAGAGCGUUUUUGUGCAUAUUCGUCAGUGUAUAUUGGAUAGGAGAUGAUGCUUCGUGUGUGGUUCUCGUGGUCUCUGGUGUUUUCAGCACCUGCUCAAACUGGACCUUAGGUUUACCCGUGUAGAAUAUGGAUUUCAAGAAAGUUGAUUAAUACAACGUCUCUAAUAUCUUA